AUGUCUAAGCUGAAGAGCUCCGAGUCGGUGCGGGUGGUGGUGCGGUGCCGGCCCAUGAACAGCAAGGAGAAGACAGCUUCCUACGAGAGGGUGGUCAACGUGGACGUCAAGUUAGGGCAGGUGUCGGUGAAGAACCCCCGGGGAAGCUCUCAUGAGCUGCCCAAAACCUUCACCUUCGACGCCGUCUACGACUGGAAUUCCAAACAGGUCGAGCUCUACGAUGAGACCUUCAGACCUCUGGUGGACUCUGUUCUGCAAGGCUUCAAUGGGACAAUCUUUGCCUACGGGCAGACCGGGACGGGCAAAACCUACACCAUGGAAGGGGUGCGUGGGGACCCUGAGAAGAGAGGGGUUAUCCCCAAUUCCUUCGAUCACAUCUUCACCCACAUCUCCAGGUCUCAAAACCAGCAGUACCUGGUUAGAGCCUCUUACCUUGAGAUAUACCAAGAAGAAAUCAGGGACUUGUUGUCGAAGGAUCAGUCCAAGAGGCUGGAGCUGAAGGAGAGGCCGGACACGGGCGUCUACGUGAAGGACCUGUCCUCCUUCGUCACCAAGAGCGUCAAGGAGAUCGAGCACGUCAUGAACGUGGGCAACCAGAACCGCUCGGUGGGGGCCACCAACAUGAACGAGCACAGCUCCCGCUCCCACGCCAUCUUCGUCAUCACCAUCGAGUGCAGCGAGCUGGGGCUGGACGGGGAGAACCACAUCCGCGUGGGCAAGCUCAACCUGGUCGACCUGGCGGGCAGCGAGCGGCAAGCCAAGACCGGAGCCCAGGGGGAGAGGUUGAAGGAAGCUACCAAGAUCAACCUCUCGCUCUCGGCGCUGGGCAACGUCAUCUCGGCCCUGGUGGAUGGCAAAAGCACUCACAUCCCCUACAGGGACUCCAAGCUCACCAGGUUGCUGCAGGACUCGUUGGGUGGCAACGCCAAAACAGUGAUGGUGGCCAACAUAGGCCCUGCCUCUUACAACGUGGAGGAGACUCUGACCACCCUGAGGUACGCCAACCGUGCCAAGAACAUCAAGAACAAGCCCAGGGUCAACGAGGAUCCUAAGGAUGCUCUGCUAAGAGAAUUCCAGGAAGAGAUUGCUCGGCUCAAGGCCCAGCUGGAGAAACGGUCUAUCGGGAAAAGAAAGAGGAGGGAGAGGAGGAGGGAUGGUGGGGAAGAGGAGGAGGACACUGAAGAGGGUGAGGAUGAAGGAGAUGACAAAGAUGACUAUUGGAGGGAGCAACAAGAGAAGCUGGAGAUUGAGAAGAAAGCCAUAGUGGAGGAUCACAGCUUGGUGGCAGAGGAGAAGAUGCGACUGCUGAAAGAGAAGGAGAAGAAAAUGGAGGACCUGAGGAGGGAGAAGGAAGCCACAGAAAUGCUGAGUGCUAAAAUCAAGGCCAUGGAAAGCAAGCUGCUGGUGGGAGGGAAAAAUAUUGUGGACCACACAAAUGAACAGCAGAAAAUCCUGGAGCAGAAACGACAGGAAAUUGCAGAACAGAAACGCCGUGAGCGAGAGAUCCAGCAGCAGAUGGAGAGCCGGGACGAGGAGACGCUGGAGCUGAAGGAGACCUACAGCUCUCUUCAGCAAGAGGUGGACAUAAAGACCAAAAAACUCAAAAAGUUGUUUUCCAAGCUGCAAGCUGUGAAGGCAGAGAUCCAUGAUCUCCAAGAAGAGCACAUCAAGGAACGCCAGGAACUGGAACAGACCCAGAAUGAACUUACCAGGGAAUUAAAGCUGAAGCACCUGAUCAUUGAAAAUUUUAUUCCCUUGGAAGAAAAGAAUAAGAUAAUGAACAGAUCAUUCUUUGAUGAAGAGGAAGAUCAGUGGAAACUGCACCCCAUAAGCCGCCUGGAGAACCAGCAGAUGAUGAAGAGACCAGUAUCUGCUGUAGGCUACAAAAGGCCACUGAGCCAGCACGCCAGGACCUCCAUGAUGAUCCGGCCAGAGACUCGGUACAGGGCAGAGAACAUUGUGCUACUGGAGCUCGACAUGCCCAGCCGAACGACGAGGGACUACGAGGGGCCAGCCAUUGCUCCCAAAGUCCAGGCAGCUCUGGAAGCAGCUCUGCAGGAUGAAGAUGAGAUCCAGGUGGAUGCUUCAACCUUUGAGAGCACUUCCAAUAAAAAAUCAAAGCCCAGGCCUAAAACUGGAAGGAAAUCAGGGGCAUCCUCUUCAGCAGGCACCCACAGUUCUCAGCUCUACCCACAGUCCCGAGGGCUGGUUCCAAAGUAA